AAGUUUCCACUUACAUUUCAUCACAUAAGUGAUUCCUCUUACUAACCUUGGUGAUGCAGUUCAAAAUGAUUGCCACUUUUCCUUCAUCACAUGCCCUAUUUGUAGCUUUUCUCUUUGCCACCAUUUUCCUCUGCACCUCCCUUGAAUUUGUUCUGGCUACUUCGCAUCAUGGAAGCGUUACAAGGCACUACAAAUUCGAUAUAAAACUAGUAAACGUUACAAGAUUGUGCCACACAAAAAGCGUGGUUACCGUGAAUGGGAAGUUUCCGGGCCCUCGAAUUGUUGUAAGAGAAGGGGAUAGAUUAGUGGUUAAGGUUGUUAAUCAUGUUCAUAACAAUAUCAGCCUGCAUUGGCAUGGAGUGAGACAACUUCAAAGUGGUUGGUCGGAUGGUCCAUCAUACAUAACUCAAUGCCCCAUUCAAACAGGUCAGAGUUAUGUGUACAAUUUCACCAUUGUUGGACAAAGAGGAACUCUCUUUUGGCAUGCUCAUUUUUCAUGGUUAAGAGCUACUGUUUAUGGACCUCUCAUCCUUCUACCAAGGCACAACGAAUCUUAUCCAUUUCAAAAACCCUACAAAGAAGUCCCCAUCCUCUUUGGUGAGUGGUGGAAUGCAGAUCCGGAAGCUGUUAUUGCACAAGCUCUUAAGACAGGGGGUGGCCCAAAUGUUUCUGAUGCUUACACCAUUAAUGGGCUUCCUGGACCUCUUUACAAUUGCUCCAAAGAUACAUACAAAUUGAAGGUGAAACCAGGGAAGACAUAUCUACUACGUUUAAUCAACGCUGCACUCAAUGACGAACUCUUUUUCAGCAUAGCUAAUCACACCUUAAUCAUUGUUGAAGCUGAUGCAACUUACAUUAAACCAUUCAAAUCCAACACCAUCCUACUUGGUCCAGGACAAACCACUAAUGUUCUAUUAAAAACAAAAUCAUAUUAUCCAAAUGCCACAUUUUUCAUGCUAGCAAAACCAUAUUUCACUGGCCAGGGCACUUUUGACAAUUCCACAGUAGCUGGAAUUUUAGAAUACACUAAACCAUAUAAUAAAAAUAAUAAUAAUAAUAAUAAUAUAAACCUUCCAAUUCUAAAACCUUUACUACCAUCCAUCAAUGAUACAAAUUUUGUUGCUAAUUUUAGUAACAAAUUUCUUAGCUUAAAUAGUCCAAAAUACCCUGCAAAUGUGCCUAAAAAUAUUGACAAGAAUUUUUUCUUUACCGUUGGACUAGGAACUAGUCCAUGCCCAAAAAACCAAACAUGUCAAGGACCAAAUAAUAGUUCAAAAUUUGCAGCUUCAAUGAACAAUGAAUCAUUUGCUUUACCUUCUAUAGCACUUCUUCAACAACAUUUCUUUGGAAAACCUUAUACGACGGAUUUUCCGGCUGUACCUUUAAGGCCGUUUAAUUAUACCGGAACUCCUCCGAAUAAUACUUUGGUUAGUAAUGGAACAAAGACGGUGGUGAUACCAUAUAAUACUAAAGUUCAGGUGAUAUUGCAGGAUACAAGUAUUUUGGGAGCUGAGAGUCAUCCUUUGCAUCUUCAUGGGUUUAAUUUCUUUGUUGUUGGUCAAGGUUUUGGAAAUUUUAAUGCUAGUAGUGAUGCUCCAAAGUUUAACCUUAUUGAUCCUGUUGAGAGGAACACUGUUGCUGUUCCGUCCGGUGGUUGGGUUGCGAUACGAUUCCUUGCUGAUAAUCCAGGUGUUUGGCUAAUGCAUUGCCACUUUGAUGUUCACCUUAGUUGGGGAUUGAGGAUGGCUUGGAUUGUUGAGGAUGGAAAGUUACCUAAUCAGAAAUUGCCUCCUCCUCCUAAGGAUCUCCCCAAGUAUUGUUGAUUCAUACUAUAUAUAACUAUUUUGGGUUUCCUAUACCAAUUUCCUCUACCAAUUUUCCCUCAUAAAGAAACCCUUUUUUUUACACAUUUUGAAUUUCUAAUUCCAUGUAAAUUUAAAGAUUUAUUAUGGUUUGCCACAUUUUGCAUAUGUCUUUCUUUUAUUGUAUUGUAUGAUCAAUUUUUGUAAUUUCACCUAAUUUUCAAGUGACAAGAAAAUAAAUAAAGGUGGGUGGUUUUCUA